AUGGCAGAAAAUUUAUCGUAUUUCGGCGUAACGCCACAUCUGAAGAAUUUACGUUUCUGUGGCUUCUAUCAAUUAGAUUCCAAUUCGUCGAAGAUGAAAAAAGCCCUACACACGGCCUACAUGCGGUUGAUUUUAUCUCUGAUUCUACUGUAUACUUGCCAACAAAUUAUGAAAGUUUACCAAGAUAGAGAUGACGUAAAUAAGGUAAUGGAUACAAUGUUCCUGCUCCUCACAAAUUCUGAUUCUAUCUACAAACAAAUUGUUCUCUGGAAGAAAGCUCAUCGCAUUGAAGUUCUUUUGAGUAUAAUGAAAGGUCCAAUAUUCAAUCAGAAAAAGCAAGAACAUGAAAAACAACUGUCAGCCACGGCCCGCCAAGCCAAAAUCCUGCUGCGAGUAUUUAACACCACAGCUCUCUUCACCUGUCUUCUGUGGGUUCUGUACCCCGUCAUAAACGUUCACGUGCAGGGCAAACCCGUGGAGUUCGCAAUAUGGCUACCCUUCGACGUCAACAUAAGUCCUUACACAUACUUCGCAGCAUUUUAUGUGUGGGUACAGACCUCGUGGCUUGCAUUCAGUAACACAACAAUGGAUGUUUUUAUAACUUUUUUUCUCGCACAAUGCAAGACACAACUCUCAAUUCUCAGGCUAGAUUUAGAACACAUUGUUGAAAAGAGCAAGGAAGAAGCGAAAAUAUCUUCGGAAGAUUUUAAAAAUGUUUUGGAUACACGAUUAAAAAUUGUUUUGUCGCACUAUGACGAAAUUAUCACAUUUUCUGGAAUUAUUCAAGAAGUAUUUGGAGGAGCCGUCAUGUAUCAGUUUCUCGUAAGCGGAUGGAUAAUUUGCACUACGGCUUACAAAACGGUCAAUAUUAAUCCAAUGUCGGUGGAAUUCGUGUCAAUGAUAAUGUACAUGUCUUGUAUACUAACCGAACUGUUCAUAUUUUGUUUUUAUGGUAACGAGGUCACUCAUGAGAGUGAAAAACUCAUAGAGUCUGCAUAUGCCAUGGAUUGGCUAGAAAUACCGGUAAAAUGUAAACGUGCCCUUAUUAUGUUUAUGGAAAGAAUCAAACGCAACAUAAAUCUCGUUGCAGGAGAUCUGGUACCACUUUCUAACAGUACUUUUGUUUCCGUUGUGCGGAGCUCGUAUACGUUUUAUGCAUUUCUGAAGAACACUAAUUGAAAUGAGUGUGUUGUAUCUAGAUAUAAGUAAUAAUAUCACUUAGCUAUUAUAUGACUAAAUAAACUUCGCUAACACGCCCAUAGCAAUCAAUAGACACCCACACUGUAAAAUAUAAGUUCGUUUACGGUUGGUCUUCCUUUUCUAGCGUAUGCGC